AUGAAUCAAAUACCUACAGAUAAUUCAAAUUUGUUUCAUCAUAUUAUAGAUGAUGAGUACAUUGUUCCGGCUGCUGCAUUAUUACUAUCAACAACUGACAAUAAUUUGUCAAAUGUUAUUUUUAAGAAAAAAAUGGAAAUUCAUGAAAAACUUGUAUGGUCUAGUGAUGAAAACAAGAAAGUUGGAAGAUUAAUUGAUGGUUCAGAGAUAUGUUCUUAUAAAAUUAAUCAUGAUAAUAUUGAUACAAUAAAAUUUUCAAACUUUUCAUAUUCUAAGAUAUUUUCAAAUAAAGAGAUUUAUAAUUUUUUUAAUGAAAGAAAAUGUCAUUAUGGUUCUUAUUUUCAAGUUAUACAAACAAUAUUUUAUAAUGAAAAAAAUAAUAUUGGAAAAGUAGUACUUAAAGGAAAUGAUCCUAUUACAAUUCUUGAUGGUACAUUUCAAGCUAUUGUAUUUAUUCAAAAUAAUCCUAGUAGAUGUAUACCAGUAUUUAUAAAAAAUUUCAUCAAAUUUUCUUCAAAUAUUGAUGAAAAUAAAAAUAAUAACUUAUAUAUUGGAUAUUUUACUAUAAAUGGAGAUUUUCAGAUUAUUGAUCAGAUGACUGAUAAAAUAAUAUUUCUUGGUAAAAAUGCUAUUUUUAGAAAAGAUAAAGAAAAUAGAUUAAAUGAUUAUAUAAAAAUUGGUGUUUCAUCUUAUGCUUUUAAAUUACCUGGUGGAGUAGAUACAAUGGAUAAAAUGUAUCAAUAUUUAAUUGAAAGUAAAAUUUCAAAUUCUAAAAAAGGACGUUUAAAUUAUCCAGGAAAUUAUUUACAUGAAGAUAUCUCCCUAUUUGAUGCUCAAUUUUUUGAUAUUUCAAAAUCUGAAGCUUGUAAAAUGGAUCCACAACAUAGAUUACUUUUAGAAGUAUCUUAUGAAUGUUUAGAAAAAAGUGGAUUAAUAGGUAAAAAUGAAAAUAUAGGUUUUUUUGUUGGUUACAUGGGAUCAGAGUAUUCUGAAUUGAUAACAACAACAAAUUCUUUAUCGUUAUUAGGAGUAACAACAAGUGUUGUCUCUGGUAGAUUAAAUUAUUUUUUUAAUUCAAAUGGACCUAGUAUUGUUAUAGAUACAGCUUGUAGUAGUAGUUUAGUUGCUUUAGAAAUGGCAUGUAAUGCUAUAAAAAAUAAAUCAUGUAGUAAAGCUAUCGUUGCUGGUGUUUCAUUAAUUAUUAGUGAUAGUAGUAUGGAAAAAAGAAUUAAAGGAAGAAUGAUAUCACCAGAUGGGAGAUGUUAUAGUUUUGAUCAACGUGCUAACGGUUAUGGAAGAAGUGAAGGAAUUGUAGCUAUACUCAUAGAACCACUUAGUGAUAAUUGUGAAGUUGAAAUUUUAUCAACAGCAGUUAAUCAUAUUGGAAAAUCAAUAUCACUUACAACUCCCAAUGAAACAAGUCAAAAAAUGUUAUUAAAAACUAUUUUAUCUAAUGAAAAUUUAUCUAAAGUUGAUUAUUGGGAAGCUCAUGGAACUGGUACUAAAAUAGGAGAUCCAAUUGAAAUAAGAGCUCUUGAUACAAUAUUAAAAGAUUCAAAUUGUUAUGUUGGAACAAUAAAAGCAAAUUUUGGGCAUACAGAAGCUGCAAGUGGUUUAAUGAGUGUCUUAAAAGUUAUCCUUCAAAUGAAACAUAAUAUAAUAUUCAAACAUCCUAAUUUAGAAAAGGUAAAUGAUGAAAUUGAAACAAAUUCAAUAAAAAUUGCCACAGAAAAUAUUCAAAAAAAUAUUACUAUAUCAGGAGUUAGUUCAUUUGGUAUUGCAGGAACUAAUGCAAUGGCUUUAUUUAAAAAACAUACUCCAACCAAAAAAUAUUAUUCAAAAAUAAAAUGUGGUAUUAUUUUAAUAUCAGGAGCAUCACAAAAAUCAUUAGAUCUUAACUUAUCAACUAUGCUUGAUUAUGUUAAAAAAAAUUAUACUAAUUUUGAUAAUAUUGGAUUAGAAUCAAUUUUUAAAAGAAAACAUUACACGUAUCGAGGAGUAAUCUUAAGAAAUAUGAAGUAUUAUAAAAUAAAUGAUGAAAUAGAAAUGAAUUCAAUUUUUUUAGAAAACAAUUUUCCAAUUAAUUUACCUAAUAUUAUUAUAAAAAAUGAAACUGAUAUGGAUAUAUUUUUAAAAAAAGUAUUUCCAUUCACAAAAAUAUCAAAUUUUAAAAAUAAAAAAUAUUGUCUUGAAUAUAUUGAACUGUUAAUUGCAAAAUAUUUUAUUCAAAAUCAAAAUAUUGCUUUCUCAUUAAUUUAUGGAGAGGAACCUAUACAUUUUCCUAAUAUAAAAUCAUAUCCACCUUAUCAAUUUGACAAACAAAGUUAUUGGUUAUCUGAUGAAAAUAAAAAAAUUGAAAAAAAUAAUAUAGAAACAAAUAUAAAUGAUAAAAUAAAACAAAUCAUUGAAGAUGAAAUUGGUAGAGGUAUAUCGGAUACAGAUACAUUUAUUGAACUUGGUUUAGAUUCUCUUUCAUUGACAAAUUUAGCUACGUUAAUAUCAAAAAUAGAUGGUAUACCUGAAGUAACAAUAGAUGAUUUAUUUACAUAUUCUACAGUUAAAGAGUUAUCAGAUGAAAUUAAUAAACGAAAUGAAAUAAAUAUUUUAACAAAUGAUGAAGAAAAUAUUGAAAAACAAUAUUUAAUGUAUAAUAUCUUAUCUCCACCAGAAACUUCACUUUCAACAAUUGAUGUAGAUUUAUAUUUUAUUUUUAUGAAUUCUUCUGGAACAUGGCAAUUAGUAAAAAAAGAAAAUGAAGUGGUUUUUUCAGAUAAAUGUAAAAGACAAAAUAUUAAUAUUGGAAUUGAUGUGACAGAUGUUAGUAAUCAAAAUAAUCACCUUCAAACAUUAAUUUUAUGUUUUAACAAAUUUAUUAAAGAAUUACUAGAAAUAAAAAAAGAUAAUGAUAGAAAGAAUAUUCCAAUAAAAGUUGGUUUUAUAUGUUCUUCUCAUUUAACUGUUGUUGGAAAUUCAUUAUAUGGUAUGCUGAAAUCUUUGAUUUCAGAAUAUUUUCCAGAAAUAUGUUUUAUAUCUGAUGAGUUAUCUUCUAUUAUUCUUCAAGGAAUUCAUGUACCAAAAAUUUCACAUGAUUUAUUAUUUUAUGAAAAUAAUUGUGCUUGGAUAAUUACUGGUGGUAGUAAAGGAAUAGGUCUUGAAUUAGUAAAAUUUAUUAUUAAAAAAUCAUCAAGUUCAGUUAAAAUAUAUUCACUCUCAAGAAACAAAACUUAUUACAAUGAUUUAUCUGAUAACAUUAUUCAAAGAAAUGGAGAUGUAAGCGAUUAUAAUUUUAUUUUAUCAGUUGUUAAAGAAAUCAUUGAUUCAGGAAGAAAAUUAAAAGGAAUUAUUCAUAAUGCUGGUGUUAUUUAUGAUACAUCUGUUGUAAAUCAAGAUUUUGUAACAUUUAAUAAAGUUUGGUUACCAAAAGUUCAAGGAUUUUUUAAUUUAGAAAAAGCUUUAACAUUAUUAAAUAUUUAUCCAGACUAUUUUAUAUGUAGUUCAUCAAUUUCUUCUAUACUUGGAAAUCAAGGCCAAAUAAAUUAUUCCUCAGCCAAUGCUUUUCUUGAUGAAGCAAUGAAGGUAAUUAGAAGAAAUUGGAAAAUUUGUGCACUUACAAUUAAUUGGGGCAAUUGGUUAGAAACAGGAAUGAGUGAAGCAAAACAAUUGAAUGAAGUAUUAAAAAGAAAAGGAUUAAUUGGCUUAAAAACAAAAGAAGCAUUAAUGUGUUUUGAAUAUGUUUUAAAAAUGAAACUUGAAAAUGUAAUAAUAGCAAAUAUUCAAUGGGAUAAACUUAUGAAAAUAAGAAAUGAUUUAAAUUGCCUACAAAUUAUGGAUUCUUUAGAAAUUGUUAAUAAAAAUAAUAUCAAAGUAAAUGAUGAUAUAGAAUCGGCAUUUGAUUUCAAACAAAAAAUUGUUCAAACAUUAAGAAACAAUUUAACUUCAUUGACUGAUACUGAUUUUGAGAAUAAAAACUUUUUUGAACUUGGUGUUGAUUCUCUUUUUCUACAUGAUAUAGUUUAUGAUUUAAAAAAUCAAAUUCCGGAUAUAAAUUUAAAAGUUAUAGAUUUAUUUGAAUAUUCAAAUAUUAAUGAAUUAAGUGAAUUUAUUAAAAGCCUGUAUGAAGAAAAGUUAAAUGAGACUAGUAUAUUUACAGAAACUGAAAAGUUAUAUUUUGAAAAUCAUUACCUAAAUGAGUAUCCUAUAUGUCCUGGAAUACUUCAAAUAUACAAAUUAGGACAAAAAAUUGAACAUUUAGUAUUUAAAGAAGUUAAAUUUCAUAACAUGCUUACAUUAAAUCAUGCUGAUAAUACAACAUUAAUAAUUGAAAAACCUAAUAGAAUUAUUAUGAAAAAUACAAUUGGUGAUAGUGGUUUGACAUACAUCUCAGGAACUCUUUCAAAUGAAGUAAUUGAUGUUGCCAAACCUGAUAUUCAAAAUUCUUAUGAUGAUAUUAUUAUUACCUCAAAUGAGAUAAAUUCUUUUUACACAACUUUAGAUUCUUAUGGUUUUGAUUAUGGACCAAAAUUACAACUUCUUCAUAAUUGUUCUAUAAGACUUCAAAAAAUAGGACAAGCAUAUACACAUGCUACAUGUAUUGUCAAUGAAUAUUUUAAUAUAUCAGAUAAAGAUAUUGAAGAAAAAGGAUGGUGUUUAUUUGAAAUAGCUCUUCAAAUACUUGCUUAUCUAUCAUAUUUUGUUGAUAAAACAUUUAAUAGUAAAGAAAAAUCAGAAAUAGAAUAUAUACUUGUUCCAAUAUAUAUCAAUAAAAUUCAAUUUCCAAAUAUACAAAAUAUAAAGAAAAAACUAACUUUUAGUAAUCUACUUUUAUAUUCUUUUACAAUUGAUGUUGAUAUUAUUGAAAGUGGAAAUGAAAUUGUCACUGGAAAUGCAAAUUUUUAUAUUAAAAAUAAUGAUUUAAAAAAAGAAAUAAAUGAUAAAAUUUUUAUAGGAACUAUUGAAAAUGUUACAGCUAAAAAAUUACACAAUAGGCAACAUAAGUCAAAUCAGAGUAGAAGGCAUUCAGAAUCAUUGAAAUCUAAAAGAUCAUUACUUAAAAAAUACCAAAUGUUUAAUUCAAUGGAUAUUGAUAAUAAGUUUAACACAUCUUUAAAAAGUCCAACACUUUUUUUUCCUGAUACAAAACUUGAACAAGAAUAUUUCUCAUUAAUGGCUUCAAAUAAAAUAAUAAAUAAUGAUAUAUCACAACAGGUAGAUUCUGAUUUAAUUAGAGUUGAGUCAAACAAAUCAUUAAUAAAAGUUAUUGCUGAUAGAAAGAUAAGUUCAAUGAGUGAAACUUUUCAAAAAUCACCAAGAUCUCCUUUUGAAAAUUUUUUUUGUGACUUUAAUUGUACAAGAAAACGUUCGAUUUCUUUAAAUUUACAUGAAGUUAAUCAUGAAAAUCAAGAUAUUGAUAAAAGAUGCCUAUCAACAUUUGAUAAUGUUUAUUUUAAAAUUUCACCAAUGGAGGCAACAUUUUUAGAUCCACAACAAAGAAUUCUUCUUGAAUUAACUAGUGAAGCAUUACAAGAUAUAAAUCUUCCAUCAAAUGAAACAGGUGUUUUUAUUGGAGCAUGUACUUCUGAUUUUGCAAUGAAAUGUUUUAAAGAACUUCAGGAAUCAGAAUUGUCAAAAUUUCUUGCAACUGGAACUGGUCAAAAUAUGUUAUCUGGAAAAAUAUCUAAUUUCUUUAAUUUUACUGGUCCUUCUUUAACAGUAGACACAGCUUGUAGUAGUUUUAUGACUGCACUUUCUUUAGCAUAUUUACAUUUAAAAAAUGGAAUAUGUAAAUAUGCUGUUGUUGGUGGUGUUAAUAUAAUACUUAAUUCAGAAAUUGAAUUAGUAUUAAAAAAUAAUAAAGUAAUAAGUGAAUCUAAAAAAUGUAAACCACUUGAUUUUGAAGCUGAUGGUUAUAUGAGAAGUCAAGGUGCUGGUGUUUUUAUUUUACAAUCUGAUAUUUGUAGUGAAUAUCCAGAAAUUUUAGCAUGUACAUUAAAUCAUACUGGUUCAUCAAUUAAUGUUAAUGUACCAAUUAUUGAAAAAGAGGAAGAAUUGAUAAGAAAUACUAUUAAAGAAGCAAAAUUAACAAUUGAUGAUAUUAAUUUUAUUGAAAUUCAUGGAACUGGAACAAAAGUUGGUGAUAAAAUUGAAAUGGAAGCAAUAAAUAAUGUUUUUAAAAAUGUUAAAAAUAAAGUUUAUAUUACAGCAAGUAAAGGUAAAUAUGGACAUUGUGAAGGAGCUUCUGGAUUAAUAUCAUUAAAUGAAAUGUUAAAAGCUUUUGACAACAAUUGUUUAGAAGGUAUUAAUAAUUUUAAAAAAUUAAAUAAAGAAAUUACUUUAAAUGAAAAUAUUAUUAUAUGUCAAGAGAAUACAAUAACAUUACCAAAAAUUGGAAUGAUUAAUUGUUUUGGUUUCAGUGGUACAAAUAGUUGUGUAAUUAUUAAAAGAGGAUCAAAGUCACCUUUUGUUAAACGACUUCCAUGGAUUAUGGAAAAUUUGUGGCCAUUCAAUAAUAAAAGUCAAAAAAAUGUUAAAAAAGUAUCAUAUAUUCCUUUAAAUCUUUCAAAUGAAACAUCAUUAAAAAAAGAAUUAAAUGAUAUUAAAAUAUUUGUAGAAUCUUAUAAAGAUGUCAUUAUUUCAUUAAAAAAAUGGCGUACAAAAAAAUAUAAUUGUAUAAAUUAUAUAACAACAUCACAAAAUAAUGGUCUUCAUGGUAUGUUAAAAUCAAUAGGAAAAGAAAAAAAAUUAUUUAGAUAUAGACUUUUUAUUAUUGAAGAUAAAAAUAUUUUAAAAAAUAUUAAUAUUAAUAAUUAUCUUACAAAAAAUACUGAAAACAAAACUAUUCUUAUAACAAAAUCAAAUAAAUUAUAUAUUAAAGAAAUUAUAAAUGAUAAAAUUAAUAUAAGUGUAACAACAACAAAAAUAUAUAAAAAAAUUUUUAUAACUGGUGGUAAUGGUGGUGUAGCAAGAGAGAUUCUUAAUCAAUUUAAAUAUCAUGAAGCUUUACUACUUUCUCAAGGUCCAUUAAAUAGAAAAUUAUCACCAAGUCAAUAUUAUAUACAAGGAAAUAUUGAAGAUUUAGAAUUAGUAAAAAGUAUAUUUAAUUUAAAUCCUGAUAUUGAUUGUAUUAUUCAUACAGCAGGAAUUGUUAAAAAUGGAAUGAUUGAUAAUUUAUCAAAUGAUGAUUUUGAAAAAGUUUUAUCACCAAAAGUUAAAGGUUUAGAUAAUCUUUUUAAAAAUAUAAAAGAAUGUUUAAGUGUUCAGACAGUUGUUAUUUUAUCAUCAGUAGCAGCUUUAUUUGGUUCUGUUGGUCAAAGUAAUUAUGCAUUGGCUAAUGAUUCAAUGUGUGAAAAAUGUUUACAAUAUCUUAAUGAUAUACCAAGAAAAAUACAAUGUUUAAUUUUUGAUCUUGGUCCUAUUAAAGGAACAGGAAUGUUAUAUAAAAAUAUUGAUGAAAUGGAAAAAAUUAGAAAACAAAUUGAAAAUGGUGAUUGGGAAAUGUUAAAUAUUCAUGAUGUUGUAAAUGAAAUAAAAAUUUUUGUUGAUAAUGAUAUUUCUGGAAGAUAUGGUUUAUAUAACUUACGAGAUAAAGUUGAUAUCAAAAAUUAUGGUGACUAUAAAUUUUCUAAAAAAGAUGUUAAAGAAAAUACUUUAAGAAUAAUUAAAAAUAUUACUGGAUUUGAAAAUAUUAAUGAAAAUAAAGGAUUUAUGUUUUUAGGUUUUGAUAGUAUCAUGUUAGAAACAAUGAGAGAAAAAUUAGAAAAAACAUUUAAAAUUGUAAUAAAUAUUGAGGAACUUUUUGAAUAUUCAAAUACAACAGAACUUGUAAACUUAAUUGAAAGUCGUGUUAAUGAAAAGUAUUCUAGUGGACAAAAAUUAUCUAAAAAAAUUGCCAUAAUUGGAUAUAGUGGAACAUUUUCAGGAUCAAAAAAUUGUAAUGAAUUUUUUAAUAAUCUAAUGAAUGGUAAAGAAUGCUUUGAAAAAAAAUAUGAUAUGAAAAAUAAAAAGAAAAAUUUUAUUCCAUAUGGUGGUGUGAUACCAGAUUAUGACUCUUUUAACGAAGCAUUUUUAGACUUACCUUAUGAAACUGUUACAAAAUUAGAUCCUCAAAUAAAACAUUUUGUUUAUCAUGUUGGAAAAGCUCUUGAAUCUUGUGAUAUUAAUAUUGAAAAUUCAAAAAUUGGUGUUAUUGCUUCUGCUGAACCAUCAUCACCACUUAAAAAUAUAGGUAAUAAAGAAAUUCAUGGAAAUUUAUUAAAUUUAUUUUAUCAAAAUCAAAAAGAUUUUAUAAGUUUAUGGACUGCAUAUUUAUAUAAUUUUACUGGACCAUCUUUUAAUGUUUAUAGUGCUUGUUCUUCAUCUAUCGUUGCCAUUAAACAAGCUAUAAAUAUACUUUUACAAAAUGAAGCAGAUAUAAUGGUUGUUGGUUGUGUUUCUCUUCAAUCAUCUUCAGAAAUUGGACAUGAAUAUACUUCAGGAUUGAUGAUGGCUAGUGAACCACAUUGUCGUCCUUUUUGUAGUGAUGCAACAGGAAUUAUAAGAGGAAGUGGAUGUGGAAUUGUUAUUUUAAAACCACUAGAAAAUGCUCUUCAAGAUGGAGAUGAGAUACAUGCUAUUAUCAAUGGUAUUUCUAUAAAUAAUGAUGGUAAAAAUAAGUCUAAUUUUUUGGCACCAGCAGUCAAAGGUCAGGAAGCAGUUAUUAGAAGUGCAAUAUUAAAAUCAGAUAUAACAAAUGAUGAUAUUGAUUAUAUUGAAUGCCAUUGUACAGGAACUGUUUUAGGUGAUAAAAUAGAACUUCAAGCUUUAAAAAAAGUUUUAGGAGAAAGUAAAAUAUAUCGUGUAGCUAAAGGUUCUGUCAAAGCUAAUAUUGGACAUUGUUUUGCUGCCAGUGGAAUGGCUUCUAUUAUUAAAGUUCUUGAAAUGAUGAAAAAUCAACAAAUACCAAUACAACUUCAUUGUGAAAAUCGUCCAUGUUCUCAGUAUAUAAGACAUGCUUUAGUAAAUAGUUUUGGAAUUGGUGGAUCAAAUGGAUCUCUUAUUUUAAGUAAUACAAAAGAAAAAAUAAAAAUAAAUAAAAAAAUAAAAGAAAUUAGUUUCAAUAAAGUUCCAUUAAUCUUUCCAUUUUCUGCACCAACAAAAUAUGAAUUACAAGAAAAACUUGAUCAUUUUCAUACAUUAAUAGAAAUGGAAAAUUUAGAAAUAAAUUUUUUACCUAUUUGGAAGACAAUACUUGAACAAAAUUUAAAUCUUCCUUGGAGAUGUUAUCUUGUUGGAAAUGAUUUUCCAUCACUUAUGAAAUAUCUUAAAAAUAAAGAGUAUAAUUUUUAUUAUACAGAAAAAUCUUUAAAUUCUACAAAUGUUGCUUUUUAUUGUUGUCCUCAGGGUGUUGAGUACAAGUAUAUGGGUGAAGAACUUUUAUGUAUGAAAGAAUUUAAAGAUGAAGUUGAUAAAAUUACAAAAAAAUUUGGUAUAAAUAUUUUUGAUCAAUGUUUUAUGGAAGAGAUACAUUCAACAUCAAAUGCUCAAUUAGGAUUAUUUUUAAUAUCUCAAUGUUUAAUUAAUUGUUUAAAAAAAUUUGGUAUAACAAGUAAUACUUAUUUUGGGCAUUCACUUGGUGAAUAUACUGCUCUUGUUGCUUCUGGAUGGUUAAAAAUAAAAGAAACGGUAGAUGUUUUAAAAAAUAGAGGUAAAUUAAUGGAAAGUACUGAGGAAGCUGUUAUGUUAGCUGUUAAAGGUACAAAUUUUAUUAAAAAAUUAGAAGAAUUAAAAAAUAAUAAAAUAAUUAAUGAAAAUGAUAUUGAGAUUAGUGCUAUUCUUAAUACACAAAUUUGUUGUAUAGUUGGAAAAAAAGAAAAUAUUGAUAAACUUAAAGAUCUUUUAACAAAUUAUAACUUUGAAUUUAAAAAUUUAAGAACACGACAUGGUUUUCAUACUAGUAUGAUAAACAGUAUAUUGAAUGAGUUUAAAAUAGUUCUUGAUAAUUCAAAUUUUAUUAAUAAUGAUAUAAUUUCUAAAAAAAAUGUUAUUUCAAAUGUUAAUGGAAAACUUAUUGGUUCUGAAGAACCAUUAUCUACAGAAUAUUUUAUAGAACAUGCUAGGCAACCUGUUAGACUUGAUUUAUCAAUAGAAAUGUUAAAAGAAAUUACUUCUUGUAAUGUCAUUUUUGAAAUUGGUCCACAAGGAAUUUUAGGAAAUGUAAUUGGUAAUGAAAAAUUUUUAUUGUUAAAUACAAUACAAGGAAAAACGGCAAAUUUAAAAAAAAAGCAUAAUAUUUUAACAGAAUCAAUUGGUAGACUUUGGUGUGAAGGAUAUAAUAAUAUAAAUUUUGCUGGAAAUUAUGAUCUUAAUUCAAUAACUGAUUACUUUAUUGACUUUACUUUUUCUACAUUUAAUUUUUGGGAAAUGACAUUUGAAAUUGAGGAUAAUGAUUAUUAUACCGAUUCUGAUGUUAUUGUUCUUUCUGAAUUUGAUUAUAUAAAAAUAAAACAAUCAAAAUAUGAAUGGGCUAAGAUGAAUAAUAUUAUUAUAUUAUUUACAGUUGAGAAUUUAAACAAACAAUCUAUUUUAAUGUGUGCUUUAUUAUCUGAAAUUCAAAGUCUUAAUCCAACAAUUUCUGUUCAAAUAUCAUUAAAUAAACAAAUAAGUAAUACUUUUAUUUCAAAAUAUAGAAAUUCAUUUGUCUACACAUCAUUACAAUUAGAUAAACUUGGUAUAUUAAAAUACAAAAAAUUAAAGUAUUUGGAGACAUUUUCAUAUACACCACAAUCUGUUAUAAUUUUUGGUGCUAGUGGUUUUGUUGGAAAAAUUGUUUAUAAAGUUAUCAAAGAUAUUUUUCCUAAAACAUCAAUUUUUACUUGUAGUAAAAGUUUUAAUGUUGAUGUUACAGUAAAAGAAGAUAUAACAAAUUUUUUUAAUUCAGUAAUUUCUUCAGGUGAAUCUAUAGAUUAUAUUGUUUUUUGUUGUGGUCUUCAUCCAAAUCAUAAACCAGAAGAAGAUAUUUUAGAUGUUAAAUUUAGUGGUAUUACAAAUAUUGCUGAUUAUUUAAUUGGACGUUCUUUAAAAGCUAAAAAAAUAAUUUUAAUUUCAUCUUUAAGUUCAAUGCUUGGUAUAUUAAAUGAAGAAUAUUAUGCUAGUAGUAAUUUAUUUUUUGAUAUUCUUAGUCUUUCAAUUCCAGCACUUAACCAAAAAUUUAAUUCAGCUUUUGAUAGUAUUAUUUCACUUCAAUUACCACCUGUCUUAGGUGAAAGUUCAAUGUUCUCAAAAUGGAAAUAUGAGGGAAAAAAUGAUUUUCAUGAAUUAUUUAAAGAAAAUGGUAUUCAACAAGCGGUAUUAGAAGAGAAAUUUAAAGUUAUUUUUCGUUCUAAUCAAAAAGGUUUAGUAUGUAUCUCUAAACAUAAUCCAGAAAUUAUUCGCCAAAUUGUAAGUCACACUCAACAGUUAGUUAAAAUUAAUCUUUCUAAAGAUAUCUUCCUAGAAAAUAAAUUAAAAAUUGAUGAAGUAAAGGAAAGAGUAAGAGAAAUAUGGAAAGAUGUAUUGGGAUCAUAUCCAAAAAAUGAUAAAAUAACUUUUUUUGAAGCUGGUGGAAAUAGUUUGUCUAUACUUCAAUUUAUUUGGAAACUUCAUGAUAAUUUUACUCUUGAUAUGAUUUACGAAAAUUCUAGUUUUUUAGCUAUAACAAAUGCUUAUGAAAAAUUAAUAAAAAAUAAUAAUGAUUCUUUUGUAAUUAAAGAAAGUAUUGAUUCAUUUGAAUUAAACAUGAAUUCAGCCCAAAAAAGUAUGGUAUUAUUAAAAGAGAUUAGUGAAGAUGAAAAAUAUAAUAUAGUUUUUACAAUAAAAUUAUUUGAUGCUGUUAAAUUUGAGAGAAAAUUAAUUGAAACAUUACAUAAUAUUAUUAAAAUUCAACCAGGUUUAAGAAGUAAAUAUUUACCAGAUUUGUUUAAAAUAAAUUUAUUAUCAUUAACAGAAUCCUUUUAUUAUUUAAAAAGCAUGAAUUGGAGGAAACAUUUUAUUGAAGAAGAAUUAGAAGUACAUUUUGACUACAACGAUGGAUGCCCAAUGAGAUUGAAAAUUCUAAAAAAAAGAAAUGAUUUAAUAAUUGUUGUAACCCAACAACAUAUCAUGACAGAUGGCUGGUCAAUGUCUAUUUUUGCAAAGUAUUUUGAAAUGUUAUGGAAUAAUUCAAAUAUUGAUCCUAAAUAUUUAGUAUUACCAGAUAUAAAAAAAUUUGAUUUCAUUAAAAAAGAUGAAAAAGAAAUGAAAAUCAAUGAAUAUUUAAAUAAUCACAAUUUUUUAUAUAAAGUUAUGAAACCAACACAAUUAUUUUCUUAUGGAGGUAAAAGUGACAAAAAUUUCAAUCGUUUAACAUUUAACAUUCCAAUUGAUUUAUGUUCAAAAAUUAAAGAAAUAUGUAUUAAAAAAGGAUUAACAAAAUUUAUUUUCUUACUAACAGGAUUUACUAUACUAACAGAAUGUUGGAAUGAAAAUUUUAAUGAUAACUACUUUUUUAUUGGUGUUCCUAUUUCGGGGAGAAAUAAAAAUUAUCAAAAAAAUAUUAUUGGUUGUUUUUUAAAUAAUAUUAUUCUAAUAAUUGAAAGAGAUAUAUUAAAAAAAUUAAAAGGAAAUAUUAAUGAAAUAUUAAAAUAUGUCAAUUCACAAUUUAUAAAAGCUAAAUCAUAUGAAAAUAUUCCAUUUAAUGAAAUUAUUUUAAAAUUAAACUUACCACGAUCUACAUCAAGUCAUCCGUUAUUUGAAAUUUUUUUCAACUACCGUCAUGCACUAGAUUAUCCAGUAGUUAAUUUGGAAAAUAUAAAAAUGACCAAAGUGGAACAAAUUUCAAGAAAUACGAUUUUUGAUUUUAGUACAACGAUCGAUGAAGUAAAAGACAACCUUCAAGUGACUGUUGAUUUUAAUGAAAAAAAAUAUUCCGUUGAUUAUGUUAAAAAUAUUAUUAAAGAUUAUUUAGUUAUUUUAAAAGAAUUAACUAUAGGAAAAUUUAUAAGAAAAAGAUUAAAUAAGAAAUCUCUGAAUAUUCCAUGUAUAUCAAUUCAAGAAUUGAUAAGAAAUCAAAUGUCUCUAUGUAAAAAGUCCGAAAAUAUUUUUCAAAAAUGUUUACAAAAAUCAUUUAUCAUUGAAAAUAAUUAUUUUUCAAAAACAGGAGAAAUCCUUGGACCAGAUUUUUUAGUAGGAAUUGACGAUAAAAAUAUAUCAGUAGAAAUUAUUCUUGCCAGUAUUUUGACAUCAUCAGGUUAUGUUCCUUUUGAUGAAAAAAUUGAUGAAGAUAUUUUUUUGAUACAAUUUGAUUCAUUAUGUAAUAACAAUAUUAAAAGUUUUGUCAAAUAUAGAAAUCGAAAUAAGAAUUAUGAUUUACUAUAUUGUUUCUUUACAUCUGGAACUACAAGUAAAAGUAAAGGAGUAUUAGUUAAUCAAAUAAGUGUUGUAAAUUUUUUGUUCUCAACAACAAAAAGUUUAUUUAUAAAUCAUAAUUCUUCUUUUACCGAUUCAAUUAGAUAUACUUUUGAUAUGUCAGUUUUUAACAUUUUUAUGAGUUUGAUAACAAAUUCUGAACUCUUAACUAUUAAAAACAUUAAUUCACCAUUUGAUGAUAUACAUUCUAACAAUAAUAUAAGUCAUAUUCUUUUAAGUUCAGCCAUUUUUAAUAAUUUGUCUGAAGGUGAUCUAGACAAAUUAAAAAAUAUGGUUAAAAAAACUUUAAAAUAUUUAAUUGUUGGAGGUGAAACACCAUCAACUAGACAAAUUGAAAAAUGUAGAAAGCGAAAUAUUUUUGUUGUUCAAAUUUAUGGUCCUACAGAAACAACAAUAUGGGUAACUGAAAAAAAAAAUCCAUUUAUUGGAAAUAAUAUUGGAAAAGAAAUAAGCAAUACUUUAAUAAAAUUAAAAAAUAGAAAUCUUUGUAGAGAAUCAUUUUUUUUUGGAGAAAUUGUUAUUGAUGGAUAUUGUGUUUGUCGAAGUUAUUUAGGAAGUAAAAAUAAAUUUGAUGAAUAUUGGAGUGGUGAUUUAGGAUUAAGAAUAAAGAAUAAUGAUAUAAAAUAUUAUGGAAGAAUCAAUGAUGAUUUUAUUAAAAUUAAAGGAACAAGAAUAAAUAUUAAAUUUAUAGAAAAUUCUUUGAAAGAAAUAUAUUUAAAUGAUAACAUUAUAAUAUUAAAAAUCAAGGAUUCAAUGGUAGCUUUUAUUAAAACAGAUAAAAAUAUUUCAAAAAUUGAUACAUUUGUUGAUAAAAUAAUUAAUGUCAAAAAUUUUCCUUUAACAAAUAACGGAAAAAUAGAUAGACAAAAACUUUUAGAACAUUUUCCAGUUCAAAGUAAUCAACAUUCAUCUACAAAUACUUAUUCAAAAUUAGCAACACUAUGGAAUGAUAUUUUACCAAUUAAAAAUAUUACAAAAGAAUCUAAUUUUUUUAUAGAAGGAGGAAAUUCAUUAAGUUUAAUAAAAUUAAGAAAAAAUAUAGAAGAAACAUUUAAAAUUUCUGUUAGUGUCAAUGAAUUAUAUCAACAACCAACAUUUGGUGGAAUGGAAGAAAUUAUAAAGAAUAAAUAUAUUUCUUUAUUGAAUAAUCCAGUAAAAAUAAUAAAAGAAAACCGUGAUUCAGAUACAAUUUUAUAUAUAUUUUAUGCUAUUGGUGGUACUUUAUUUCCAUUUUAUAAUUUGAUUCACCACUUGAAAUAUGAAAUAAGGGGCUUUGAAUAUAAUGGGGAGUUAGAAAAUUUUAACUUACUUAAUUUAGCAGAAUACUAUGCAAAAUAUAUUGCUAUUGAUAGUAAUAAAAAGGUUUUCUUAAUGGGUCAUUCUCUUGGUGGUAUAUUAGCAAGAGAAGUAUAUUUAAUAUUGGAGAAAGAUUCUAAAAAAUUAUGUAAAUUAAAAACAAAUGUUGUUAUGUUAGAUUCAUGGGCACUUCGAAUAAAUGAGCUAAAUUUAGAUAUUGUAGAAAAAUAUAUAAAGGAAAAGUUUAAGAUCAUACCAGAUAAUAAAGAAAUGAUAAAAAAAUCAUUGAUUUUGGCAAAAAUGCUCAAGGAACACAAUAUUACUCAAUGUGAAGAAACUUCUAUGCAACUAAUUUUACUUAAAGCUAAAAAAUUAGGUUCAUCUUCGUUAAAACAUUCCAUAAAAAUUAAACCAUUAGAAGAGUAUGUCCGCUCUUGUAUUGAUAAUGGUUGGUUACAGUAUUCAAAAAAUUUAAAAGUUAUUUUAGCAGAUGGUGAUCAUGAUUCAAUUUUACAUUCUGAAAACAAUCAAAAAUGGAUAAAAAAAUUAGAACUUUUCUUAUGA